AUGCCUCUCAAGCGCAGAGCCGUUGCAACAUGCUUCAUUUUCAAAUUCCCAUUUAACGACCCAAACCAGAAGCCGCAAGUUGCUCUCUUCCGCCGGAGUGGUAACGUAAACACUUAUCGACACAAAUACGCGGGCAUCUCCGGCAGCGUAGAAGAAACCGACGCGGAUCCACUCGACACAGCCUGGCGAGAACUUGGAGAAGAAACAACACUUAACAAGGAUUCUUUGCGCCUAUUUCGGAAGGUCAACCCUUUUGCGUUCAUCCUCAAGUCAGGGACCGACGGUGGUCGAGGUGAAGCUGGUAUCAAAAUAGACUGGGAGCAUGAAGGCUAUGAAUGGUUCUAUCCAGAUGCUGUCAACGACUCGGAUAGCUUUGAGGGGGUCCCGCGCACCCUGGAAAGCUUCCGAAGGGUGUGGUUCAAUAUUGACCUGGGGGAUGCGGCCGGCAACACCCUCGACCAGGGCUUGAUCGCUUUACAGAAGGAUCACGAGAGCGGAGCUCGUCAGCUCGUCUCUAUAGCCCUUGAUACGUACAUCGAUGUGAUCAGAAAGAUUGACAUUUCUGAUAAAGACCGAUGGUGGAGAAAUGUGAGGUUGGCUGGCUGGCAUCUAUGGAAGAAUGGGCGGGAAAGUAUGGGGGCAUCAAUUCUGAACAACGUUUUGGCAAGUCUAAGCACGAUUGAUGAUAAACUUUCAUCCAGCAACUCACUGGAUAAAGGCAUGAUUGACAACAUCAUCGUAGCUCUUGAAAAGUACGCUCGGGACCGACAGGCUACCAGUUCUAGAACUGCCGCGUCAUUCCAAGCUUUCUUGGAACAGCACCCAUCAGGAGACGGUCCACUCAGAAUCCUUACUCUCUCUUUCAGCUCUACUAUCGCAUCGGCCAUAACCCACGUUCUUGGGAAGGUGUCGCAACCUGUACACAUCCACGUGCUCGAAUCUCGCCCGCUUUUCGAAGGCGUUAGGAUGGCUCAAGAAAUUACUGCCUUUGCCAAUGAAAACAAGAUAAUGCUUGAUCUGAAAGUCCACACUGAUGCAAGCGUCGGUAUUGUGGCGAGAGGUAUCGAUAUCGUGCUAACCGGAGCGAACCUAAUCGACAGAACAGCCGCGGUUAGCAAUAAGGUCGGUUCGUUACCCACUAUCCUGACAGCCAGAUACAUCGCCCCGCAAGCGAAGGUUGUCGCCCUUUCUGAGAAAGAGAAGACAGGGGAGAAUGACCUUCAAGAGGUUACGCAAGCUUGGGAAGAGCUCUCAACAUCCCUCGUUCAGGGCCCCCACUGUCGAGUCAAUGUCAAGAACGUGUAUUUUGAGUGGGUUCCAUCUGAUCAGAUUAAUUAUUAUAUCAAUGAAGACGGCGUUAUCGAUUCUAUGGGAAUAUCAAGAUAUGCAGAGGAAGUUGCAAAGAAAGCUGACCAAUACUUUACCAAUCUUUGA